CUCACCACCACCCUUCUUAAUCCUAAUGGCAAUGUCACCUGAACAUAUGUCCGAAAACCCAAUUGAUUUCCGUGCCCCGCCGCCUUCUCCGAUUGCCAGUGGCCGAAGAUCUACCGUCACCAAUGAUGACAUCCUCACUGAAUUCCUCGAGCACUCUCUACGUGUCCCGGACCUUGUCUUGCCUGACAAGGCCUUUCCCCGCCAAAAGUUCAUUGAAAGCCCCUCUGUUAUUGAUCUCCAAUCCUUGGUUUCCAAGGAAAGUGAUUCAAUUUCAAAGAUUUUGGAUUCUCUAGCUGGGAUUGGGUGCUUUCAGCUAGUGAAUCAUAAAAUUCCGGGUGAAACUAUACGUGCAGCACUGGCAGCCGCCACCGGGGUUUUUUGGGUCCCACAGGAGAAGAAGGCGGUGGUGACGAGGUCGUUGGAAAGGCCUUUUGGGUUUGAGGAGGGUCAUGGAGAGGAGGGUGAGAGUGAUUUGAGUGAAGAGUUUGUGUGGUGUAGAAAUGAAGGUUUGAAGUUGGAAAUGGAGGGAAUUUGGCCAGUUGGGUAUUCAAAUUUCAGCCAGAAAAUGGAGACCCUUUUACUGGAUAUAGAGAAAGUUGCUGAGAAAAUUCUAGUAGCCCUUUGGGAAAACUCUCUAAGAAAAUCAGUGUAUGGAAAUGAAAUGACACAAGAGCAAGAAGUUGGGUCAGUUUGUUGUCUCUACAAGCAUAGCAGAAAUGUUCCAUCUGAUCGGUGGUAUGAUGUGAUUAGGAUGCUGAUAAGGGGCACUGAUUACUCUCAUGCCUUGUGCUUGCAUUUAUGUGAUGGGUCUUCAGAGUUUCAUGUUUACUCCAAGAAAGGUUGGGUCUCUUUUACCCCAGAAAAAGAUGCCCUCAUUAUCACAGUUGGAGACCAAAUCCAGGCAUUAAGUGGUGGGCAUUACAAGCAUGUGAUAGGCAGGCCAAUCUAUCAAGAUGAGAAAGAGGACUCAAUAUCAAUGGCUUUUCUCUGUUCCCCUCCAAGUUCCACCACCACCACCACCACCACCACCACUACCACCAGCCACUCUAGAACCAACAAGGACAAGACCAUUUCACUGGGUCAACAAGCCUUGGCGGCUUUAAUUUUGACUCUUAUAUACCAACUUUUCGUUUACAUUUGUAAGAAAUUUUGAAGUUGUCAUCACUCAUC